AACCUCUCCUCGGAAAUCCACGGGGAAAUGGCAAACAGGAUUGACGGGUUUCACACGCUCCUCGCUAGACAGAGCCGCUCAUUACCAUAACCGUCUGCAGCGACGGCGGCGCAGCACCCCAGUCGCGGCGGCGGGACCUGCCGGGACCCUCGCCCGCCGCGCUCCAGCGGCCACCGCCGACCGGGCCGCUGGGCCGGGACCCGCGCGAGUGUGUACCGGCGGCCGGGCUGGCGCCGAGCCCGGAGAGGGCCAGGAGCAGCUCGAGAGCCGCGGCCGCCGCCUUCCGGCUGACCCCGCGUAUUGGAAUCACACCUCUAACUUCUAUAAUGCUCUUAAUAAAAUGUUUUCUAAUGAUGGAUGAAGGGGAGGGGUUGGCAAAUAGUGACCAGGAUCGCCUGCUGGAUGGAAGGCAUCACUGAAUCUGCAGCUACCCUGUUAUGUGUGCUACUUCUAUUAGCAUCAUGAUGGCUCCAAGGAAAGAAGAAGCCCAACUCCUCUGGAAAAACCAAGUUGUAUAGAAAUGCCUGGUAACUUUACUGUGAACAUUUGCUGGAAAAACUUGACACUUUAGCCCUUGGCCUUCUGGGAAUGCUUGAGGUGUCAUUCUACUACAUUCCCUUGGCUGACGAAACAGACAUGCAGGAGCCUGAGGAUAAAAGAUCUGAGGCUGUCAGAGAUGACUCUGGUUCUGUCCAUGAAUAGAUUCUGCGAGCCCAUUGUCUCGGAAGGAGCUGCUGAAAUUGCCGGGUACCAGACACUAUGGGAGGCUGACAGCUACGGAGGCCCAAGCCCCCCAGGGCCAGCACAGGCUCCUCUGCAGGGAGACCGGGGAGCUGGUCCCCCGCUGGCAGGAUCACAUUACAGGGGAAUUUCAAAUCCUAUAACAACAUCCAAGAUCACAUACUUUAAGAGGAAGUAUGUGGAAGAAGAGGAUUUUCACCCACCACUCAGCAGCUGUAGCCAUAAAACCAUCUCAAUCUUUGAGGAACGAGCCCACAUCCUUUAUAUGUCCUUAGAAAAGCUAAAGUUUAUCGAUGAUCCUGAAGUGUACCUCCGAAGAUCUGUCCUUAUAAACAAUUUGAUGAAAAGGAUCCAUGGAGAGAUUAUCAUGCAGAAUAACUGGUGCUUUCCUGCCUGUUCUUUCAAUGGCACCUCUGCCCAAGAGUGGUUUAUGGCUCAAGACUGUCCUUACCGGAAACGACCUCGGAUGGCCAAAGAGGAGUGUGAAAAGUUUCAUGCCUGCUGCUUGUACCAAGAAUGUAGUGGUCACUACCUAAAUUUACCCCUUUCUGUCAAUGCUAAUGUCGGAAAUGCCUCCACCACUGCCUCUUCCUCCUCCUCAUCUUCCUCUUCCUCUCCCCCUCUGCCUUUACCGAGCUGUUCCCACCAGGUGGAUUUUGAUGUAGGCAGUGCACCUAUUUACAAGGGCGAUGGCCAGAUACCUGCCAAUGAAAUCUUUGUUACUAAUGUGAGGUCACUUGGUGUCCAGGAAAAGGCCAAAUUAAACGAGAAAGCAAAUGAUGACACCAACAGGGAUGGUGGCCCCCUAAGCCAUGAACCUGUGGGAAAUGACCUUGCUUUUGAGUGCAAAGGCCAAUUUUAUGAUUAUUUUGAGACUGGAUAUAAUGAAAAGAGCAAUGUAAGUGAGUCGUGGAAAAAGUCCUUAAGGAAAAAGGAGCCUUCACCAAGUAACAAACUGUGCUGCAGCAAAGGAAGUAAGAUAUGAGCCGUCUUCUCCCCGAAACUUUGACGCACGCACAGCAUGAUCAAUUAGCUCUCAUAAAUUGUAUUUUGAAUGGAUUUUAGAGUUUUGUACAACUGAUACAAUUAUGCCAUGAACAUGCCAUGUCAUUUUAAUGCCUGGAGAGCAGAUUGCAUAAGACACCUGUAUAGUAGGCAUCGGCGAGCUACUUAUAAAUGUGGUGACGUUACCGAGAACACAGUUGACGCUUAAAAGUAUAUCUUAGUUUUCUUACAGAAAAGAUCAGUAGAUUAGAAUGGGGGGGGGCAAUGUGCCCUUGUGAUAUUUCCGUGACCUCCAGGAGCCUGUCACUAGCGAAGAACCUUCCACCUGUUUGCCACUUAAUUAGGUAGUUAUUGGGUAAGCAAAUCAAUAUAACCAGCAAAGAAUGUCUGCUGCUUCUCUGUGAUACAGUAUUUUUUUUUCUGACUAAAAGACUGAAGACAGGGAGCUAGGUGAAAUGGCUUCCUGGUGCUGUUAAGUGUUUGGAUUCAACAGUCAGUGUGUGACAGAUGAAAACAGGAAUAGAACGUAACGAGGCACACCUGUCUAGGGGCAGCAAUCAACAAGAUGAGUAGAGGCUAAUCCCUGCUUGCCUGUGAUGGGUGAUGAGGCUUUUAGAGAUAUAUUAUACAGGGCGAUUUGUGGUGCCUUACUUUAUCUUAAUUUUUGCCAGUGUGAAAAUUAAGGAUAAAUCAGAGUACAGCAGGGAUUUAACAAACAGGAAAAAAAAAAAAAACACAGGGUGGAUCAAUAUUGUUUGGAAACCGUUAAUGUCGAACUAUUGCGUUCAACUUUUGAUUCAACAUCUCUAUUCUUCCUUUGUUUUUGAUGCCCAAUUGCUUUCGGAUUUGGCAUUUUUAGAAAGGGAUGGAGGAAACAAUAGACAGAGCUGUUAGAAACCAGCACUGGCUGCUCGAGCUUUUCUAUGGCAACGGUCUGUUGCUGGGGUUUGGGUUUUCUGGGUUUUGGGUUGUUUUGUUUCGCUUUCUUGUCCAAUGAAGUUCAUGAACCAGUGGCAUGCAUCAUACUUUAAUCUGUUUUGCAUCAUUUCACUCGUUUAGAUUAUAAAAGCAUGUGGUUUUUUAUAUAUGACUUUUGCUGUUGAUUACGAAGCACAAUGUUGAUAAAUGAUGUGGUGAUCAAUAAGGUUUUAUCUUAAAGAAUGUAAAGAUUUUAGUUUGGGGAAGUUAUUUUGGAGAAAUGGGACUCAGUCGGCAAAAGCUCCUAUGUAUUUGGUCAGCAUUUUUCUCAAUCAUUUCUUUCAUUUGUGCAUUGGCAAGGAUGUUCAGAGUACCCCUCUGACCAUCCUUCCUUCCACACCAGCCAACUCUGCCUGCUAAACUGUAUUCCCAUUUCCAAGGUUACUGGCUGACUUGGGCCUCCUUACACACUACUUCACAGGAACCAAAUGCCAAACGGAGGAAAUAAGUAAGUCCUCCCAGUUUCUCCAAGAUAAAGCUUUUUUAUUAUUGCUAUUAAUAUUAAAUAUAGGUCUCAUUCAUACAGUGUAUGAGUAGGAUCAUCAUUUGGACAAUGUCCACAAGGACCAAUUUUUAAAACCUGUUCUUGUGUUAUGGCUGAAUAGUGAUGUUUUGUCCUUUAUUUUCAAUAUUUGAUAAACAUUUGAUGUUGAAAACUUAGAUGAUAGAUGCUUGUAUAUGAUUGUGUUGUUGUAAUAAA